AUGACCGGCGUCCGUUGCAAAGGUAGAUGUCUACCUAUAGUCGAAACCUCUCAGAUCGACCGCGCCGAUCUCGUGACCCAAUUCCGGCGGUUCGACGACCGCGUGACGUCACGGCCUCCGCCCCCACCUCUUCCACACACACACACACACACCCCUUCCACCCCUCCCGCGCCACCGCCGGUCACGUCAACCCCGAGGGUGUCACUCGGUGUUACUCCCCGGUCGAGGUCACAGCGUAUCAGCGCUCGGCGGCUCGUGGACGCGUGUGCAAUUGUGCUCUCUACAGCAGUGGUUCCG